AUGCUGCAGCAGACUCGCAAUGCGUUCGGAGCGAGCGCGAGCACCACUGGCUACGCUGAAGCGCAGCUCGUGGUGCUCACACUGAGCGUUGUGGUUGUGGCGGUCGCGCUGCUCUCGUACUUUGUCGUCGCGCCCGAGUACGAGAAGCACUUGGACAAACAGUACGCAGCUCUCGUGCACGCGUCGUCGGAACGCCAGCGGCGGCUGCCGCCGCAAAAGGCCCACGAGCUCUUGACACGGAGUCGAUUGCGCAAGCACAAGUCGCUCGGCGCUCGGGACAUGGAGUCCGGCUCGAGUGAGGACGACGGCCGCGGCCGUUUCGGCCGGAUCCAGCGACGCCACUCGUACUUGCGACCGGCGCCUGCGAGCUCGUCGCGCGAUGGGACCACAAUGGCAGCUCAGAUCCUCGCGCGACGAGCACGCCACGCUCGUCGACGCAAGAGCGAGAGCGACGCGCUCAAACAGGCCAAUGUCGAGCGCGCAGAGAUGCUGCGUCGUCGGGUGCUGCUGCGGAAGCUGGAAGAGGAGAUCGCUGGUGCUGUCAAAGCGAACGAAGAGGCGCAGCAGGCGGCGGCGACUGGGAGCGUGCCGGCCGGGAGGGUUCGCGCGGGGAGACGAGCGUUGAACAGCACACUGGACCUGAGCGACGACCAGCUCAAGAGGCUGCAGGAGCACCCAGCAGACUGCGUCGAGGAGCUCACGGUCCUUGCGCGCGCACAGUCUCAGUCGAGUGCUGCCUCACCGGCAGUAGCUCGAGACGUGGACGACGAGGCAACGCGAGGGACGAGUCGGAUGGAAGCGCCGACACCGGAUCUGCACGAAGUCAAGCAAGCGCUGAACGUGCUGCACGACGUACUGAGCUUCUACUUGUCGGUGGACCAUCGCGACAUGCGCAAGCUCACUGUGUUUUGCAACUCGCUGCUGCAGCACGACGGGCUCAAUCGUCUACGUGCGUUCGAGGAAUGCCGCGACAAGGACGUGCGAGCGCUGUCGAACUCGAUCAUCGAGAAGGCAGUGCCUGCGAUUUGGCAUUGA